AUGGGUUUGGCUGAUGCAAUUGAAAGGCUUAAGAACAUCGUCUACUCGAAGUCCUCUAAGGAUCGUUCAGAAUUCGGCAGCAACUCCCGGGGUUUUGAAAAUUAUGAUCCCACGAGAUUUUAUUAUAUGAAUUGUGGUGAUAAUGGAUCGUAUGUCGACGUCGAGUGUAUCGCUACUGAAGAGUUUAUUCGCGUUUAUGGUGUGGACUUCGACAUGCAAUGUUCUGAUUUCCUCGUUCGACUUUGUUCAUUAUCUGGCUUGGAAGCAGUGGAUUACACUUUCUUAGUUCCUUGCGAGGGCCUUUCUGGAGUUUCAGGCAUCUUUUGGCUUUCUGCUCCUUCUAGGAGUAGGCUUGGCCAUUGGGUUAAUUCUGAUACAACUCAAACAACGCUACCAUCUAUGGUUAGGCUCAUUGCUAAAUGCUGUUUCAAGAAGUCUGCUAAGCUUUAUCAGUAUCCAUUCCUUGACACGAAGUUCAAAUACCCUAUUACACUCCUAAAAACGGGGAGAGAAUUUUUAAACGAACUGGGUCAUCGGAUUACUGUGCAUUUACCAGAAGACUGCACAAUUGUCGUUCGUGGACAUUUGGAUCAACCUAUUAGUAAAGUACUUCAAAAAGUGUCUUCGGAGCGUCAUGUUCAAUUAAGCAACUACUACAUUACUGAUCCCCAAAAGGGAACGAUUUUAGAUCCAAAAGAUACAUUCUUAAAUCAAAAUGCAGACCAAAUUGAACUUAAAGAACGAAAAGUUAAAUCUAGCAAGAACUCAAAGUCACACAAAAAGAGUCAAAAUGAUGACUCUCUGAUAUCUAAUUUGGAAGUGGAAAUCUCUACUGAAAGUAAGCAUAAAAGGCGUCCAGCACCAAGUGUACCUGCUAAACAACAAAUAACUCAUCGACAUUUAUCACCUUUUGCCGAUGUACCUGACAAGGUACAGUCUUCUAGUUGUGUAACACUACCAAGUAAGAAAAAUGAUAAUAAAAAAUUGGACGAUAAACGAAAUUCAGUUGUUGGAUCUCAGGCAAAUAGGGACUCAAUUAGUAACUGCUCUCAAGAAUUACGGAGUAAAUCAUUUAUUGUGAAAGAUAAAUCAAAUUCACACAAGCGUAAAUCGUCUACCAUGGUGAAUUCAAAUACAAAGAAGGAAUCCGAGAAAAAAUAUCGUUCUCCUGCACCACCACCACCACCACCACCACCACAAAUACUUCCAAGUCUCAAUAAACCUGUUAAUGGUAAUGAUCCAAACAUGCCCAAGUCAACACAUAAAGACUCUCGUAAAUCUGAUUCGCACUUGCUUAAAACGGAUAGUCGCCUAGAUGAUGAAUUCAUAAAAGAAGGCCGCAAAUCAAAUAAAGGCUCAGCGCCCAAAAAUCAUUCUCAAGAAAUAGUUACAAAGCCAAGUGUUGUCGAUGUUGUGAACAAUCAAUCAAAUUCUCAUGAGUAUAAACCAUCUACCACAAUGACGUCCAUUACAAAGAAGGAAUCCGAGAAAAAAUAUCGUUCUCCUGCACCACCACCACCACCACCACCACCACAAAUACUUCCAAGUCUCAAUAAACCUGUUAAUGGUAAUGAUCCAAACAUGCCCAAGUCAACACAUAAAGACUCUCGUAAAUCUGAUUCGCACUUGCUUAAAACGGAUAGUCGCCUAGAUGAUGAAUUCAUAAAAGAAGGCCGCAAAUCAAAUAAAGGCUCAGCGCCCAAAAAUCAUUCUCAAGAAAUAGUUACAAAGCCAAGUGUUGUCGAUGUUGUGAACAAUCAAUCAAAUUCUCAUGAGUAUAAACCAUCUACCACAAUGACGUCCAUUACAAAGAAGGAAUCUGAGAAAGAAUGCCGUUCUGCAAUACCACCGCCACCGCCACCUCCCUCACCACCACCUCCUCCACCAGCUCCAUCGUCUUUACAACGGAACUCCACUAUGCGUGCUAAUUAUUCGGAUCCAUCACUUAAAGAUUCAGGAGUGAAACCUGUCAGAAGAUUAUCAACAACAGUUUCAUAUAAUUAUAAACAUAAUUUAAAAUCUCCCAGUAUAGAAAUGCUUACGGAAUUGACAGAUGCUUUCAAGUCUUUAAAAAAAUCUACGAACAUAAUCGAUGCCAAGAAUGUAGAUUUUUCGAAAAAACUUCCUGUACAUCGAGGCAGAAUUAAGUCAGCUAUUCGACAAAAUUCAUCUGAUACUUCAAAUAAUGCACAUGAUAAAUCGAACAAUGUAAUGCCAUCGGUUAUAGAAUCCGAUGAUUGUUGUUCUGUGGACACAUCGUCGUAA